AUGAAUCAUCUUAACUGCUGGGGAGGCCGCGUCCUUGGAGAUGAUUUACGUCUCCUCACGGUGUUUCAUUUUUCUCUCCUAGCUUACGUUCCUGAGGAAGAACUGAAGGCAGCAGAAAUAGAUGAAGGAAACGUGGAGGAGGAUGGGCUGCCUUUGGACGUUCAGGAAAGCGACUUCGUGUGCAAUGAGGAGCUGGAGCUCAAGGAGGCCCCGAGCUACCAGAACUCCCCCAUCAGCACCGCGACUAAUCAGGAUGCCGGCUACGGGUCGCCGUUCAGCGAAAACAGCGACCAGCCAGCCCCUUUCAAGAGCUCUUCCUGCAAGGAAGAGAAAGAGGAGGCCCAGGGCCGGGAGGGCGUCUCCUACCCCCAGGACAGCUUGGCCCAGAUCAAGGCCGUGUAUGCAAACCUGUUCUCGGGGUCCUGCUGGUCCAGCUUGGCUCUGGAUUUGAAGAAGUCUGGCUCGACCACCGGCAACAGCGAUGCCGGCCGGAAGGAGGGCUCCACCCCCGCCGCCACGCCCCCCACCAGUACCGCGGGGGCCACCGGGACCACGGCGAGCACCCCCAGCUCAGGCUCCGGCUCCGGCUCCGGCUCCGGCUCUGGCACCGGCACCGGCGCCAGCGGCGGCUCCGGGUACGACUGGCACCAGGCCGCCCUGGCCAAGACGCUGCAGCAGACGUCCUCGUACGGGCUGCUGCCCGAGCCCAGCCUCUUCAGCACCGUGCAGCUCUACCGGCAGAACAACAAGCUGUACGGCUCCGUGUUCACGGGCGCCAGCAAAUUCCGCUGCAAAGACUGCAGCGCCGCGUACGACACGCUGGUGGAGCUGACGGUGCACAUGAACGAGACGGGGCACUACCGCGACAACAACAGGGACAAGGACUCCGAGAAGACCAAGCGGUGGUCCAAGCCCCGGAAGCGCUCCCUGAUGGAGAUGGAGGGGAAGGAGGACGCGCAGAAGGUGCUCAAGUGCAUGUACUGUGGCCACUCCUUUGAGUCCCUGCAGGACCUGAGCGUGCACAUGAUCAAGACGAAGCAUUACCAGAAAGUGCCUCUCAAGGAGCCGGUGCCGGCCAUCACCAAGCUGGUCCCUUCCACCAAAAAGCGGGCGCUGCAGGACUUGGCGGCCCCCUGUUCCCCCGAACCGGCGGGCAUCACGGCCGAAGUGGCGCCGAGCGAGUCAGCCAAGGACCAGAAGUCGGCCAACCCGUACGUGACGCCCAACAACCGCUACGGCUACCAGAACGGGGCCAGCUACACCUGGCAGUUCGAGGCCCGCAAGGCCCAGAUCCUCAAGUGCAUGGAAUGCGGCAGCUCCCACGACACCCUGCAGCAGCUCACCGCCCACAUGAUGGUCACCGGCCACUUCCUAAAAGUGACCACGUCCGCCUCCAAGAAAGGGAAGCAGCUGGUGCUGGACCCCGUGGUGGAGAAGGCCCAGUCCGUUCCCCUGCCCCCCACCGCGCCCGCGCGGCGGCCCGCCGCCCACGUCGGGAAGCAGCCCGGCUCCCCCUCGGGCUGCGCGGCCUCAGAGGAGCGGGAGCCCGAGAAGGAGAAAGCGCCGCCGGCAGGGGCCGGAGACGCGGACGAGCAGAUCAAGGAGGAGGGGGAGGACGCCGCCGCCAAGUUCGAGCCCACCACCCCCUACCAGUACCUCCGCGAGGAGGACCUGGACGACAGCCCCAGGGGCGGGGUGGACAUCCUGAAGUCCCUGGAGAACACGGUCUCCACGGCCAUCAGCAAAGCCCAGAACGGCGCGCCCUCGUGGGGCGGCUACCCCAGCAUCCACGCCGCCUACCAGCUGCCGGGCACCGUGAAGCCGCUGCCGACCGUGCAGAGCGUGCAGAUGCAGCCGUCCUACGCCAGCAGCGUGAAGUCUCUGUCCUCGGAGCACGGCGCGCUCCUGCACGCCCCGGGGAGCCUCACGCCGCCGCCCCGCAAGAGCAACGUGUCGGCCAUGGAGGAGCUGGUGGAGAAGGUCACGGGCAAGGUCAGCGUGAAGGAGGAGGAGCGGCCGGCGGAGGACGAGGGCUCACCGGCCCAGGCCGCGGCCCCCGCGGCCAAGGAGAAUAAGGCCUUCCCCAGGGCCGAGGACCUGGGCGGCGGCGGCGGCGGCGGGCCCCAGCAGGAGAAGGGCCCCGAAGCCGAUGCGGGGAAGCCCAAGAAGGGGGCUGCGGUGGACGCCCACACCCCGAACGGCACGGAGCCCCUCAAGGCCAAAGUCACCAACGGCUGUAACAACCUGGGCAUCAUCACGGACCACUCGCCCGAGCCCUCCUUCAUCAACCCGCUGAGCGCCCUGCAGUCCAUCAUGAACACCCACCUGGGCAAAGUGUCCAGGCCCGUGAGCCCCUCGCUGGACCCGCUGGCCAUGCUCUACAAGAUCAGCACCAGCAUGCUGGACAAGCCGGCCUUCCCCACCCCGCCCGCCAAGCCGCCCGGCGCCCUGGACCGCUACUACUACGAGAACAGCGACCAGCCCAUCGACCUGACCAAGUCCAAGAGCAAGGCCCUGGCCCCGGGCGCCGCCGACGGUGUGUCCUCGCCGCUCCGGGAGAGCGCGCUCAUGGACAUCUCGGACAUGGUGAAGAACCUCACGGGCCGGCUGACCCCCAAGUCCUCCACGCCUUCCACCGUGUCGGAGAAGUCGGACGCCGACGGCAGCAGCUUCGAGGAGGCGGUGGACGAGCUGUCGCCCGUGCACAAGAGGAAGGGGCGGCAGUCCAACUGGAAUCCGCAGCACCUGCUCAUCCUGCAGGCCCAGUUCGCCUCGAGCCUGCGGGAGACCCCGGAGGGUAAGUACAUCAUGUCGGACCUGGGCCCUCAGGAGCGGGUGCACAUCUCCAAGUUCACCGGGCUCUCCAUGACCACCAUCAGCCACUGGCUGGCCAACGUCAAGUACCAGUUGCGGAGGACAGGGGGGACCAAGUUCCUGAAGAACCUGGACACAGGGCAUCCUGUUUUCUUUUGCAACGAUUGUGCCUCUCAGUUCAGAACUGCUCCCACGUACGUCAGUCAUCUAGAGACACACUUAGGCUUCAGCUUGAAGGAUCUCUCCAAGCUGCCACUGAAUCAGAUUCAAGAACAGCAGAAUGUUUCCAGAGUCCUGGCGAACAAAGCGUUGGGCCCGGUGGGAGCCGCCGAGGACGAUCUGGGCUCCACAUUCCAGUGCAAGCUCUGCAACCGGACUUUCGCGAGCAAGCACGCGGUCAAACUGCACCUUAGUAAGACCCACGGCAAGUCCCCCGAGGACCACCUGAUCUACGUGACGGAGCUGGAGAAACAGUAG